GCGGCCUCACCGCCGAGGGGCCACGGCUGCCCAGCUGCGCCUCUUGGGCCCCGGGGCCCCUCCCCGCCGGCGGUGACGAAGCACUGGGGUGCCGCCGAAGUUAAUUGUUGUCCUUAAGGCUCCUGAGCUGAACUGCUGGAUGGGGUCCCAGGCGCAAGUGGCAUCCCGGUGCCGUGACCCAGGCCCCGUCUUCGGCGAGGUUGCUCCUGAGGUUAUCGAGGAUACGUUGAUCCAUUUGGCCACGGAAAACGAACAGUACCUGAGCAAACUGUCGGAUCGGGCCGGAUGCUUCAAAGAGACCCAGGUCGUGGAAUUUAUAUUCCUUUUGUCUGAAAAAUGGCACUUGGACCAAUCAGCAACGUACCAAGCGGUGGAGUUACUUGAAAGGUUUAUGAUCAAGCAAGUAGAACACAUCUGUAAGUCCUCCAGAGAGAACGUUAAAAGUCGUGAACAAGGACAAGGGAGCAGCUGGAGCUCUCUGAAAGAUCAGAUAUACGACACGUUUGUCCUGCGACUUGUGUCAUGCAUCCAGCUUGCAAGCAAACUUUCCUUACACUAUAAUAUAGUUAACAGUGACACAGCUUUAAAAUUCCUGCAAUCCUUAAAAUACUCAUACACUAAACAGGAAUUGCUUGAGUCGGAGCUUGCUGUUUUAAAAACUCUGCACUUCCAGAUCAACAUGUCAACUCCUUUGGCUUACGUGGAAUUGCUUUUAGAGGUUUUAGGACACAACGGCUGCCUGCUUCCUGCAAAACCAUUACAUCAGAUGUGUAUGCAACUACUAGACUUCUCCUAUCUUACAAGAGAUACCAUCUAUGACACUUUGUUGAAGAUUGCCAUUGAAAAUUCAACACCGAGCAAACUGCAGGUAGCAAAGUUUUUGACAGUAAAGGAAGAUUUCAUGCUCUUGGCUGUUGGAAUCAUCAGCACAAGCGUGUUCAUACUAAACCCUGGGCAUUGGAAGCAGGUUGUGGAGCAUUUAAACUGUAUCACUGGUAUUACUUCACAAAGUAUCUUAGAAUUUUCUUACGCAGUACUGAAACACAUCAUUGGCAGUACCACUCCAAAGCAGCGCUAUAGGAACUGUGGAACAAAAGCUCCAGAGAACAGAAUUAUGCCUCUUAAAUAGAACUAUCAUCUCCUACGGCCAGUCGCUAGCAUAUCAGUAGCAAACUGUUACGCUGCUGGUAAUAGUCCAUCUUCUGCAAUACUGCACAGGGAACCCAACACAAUUUGGGUUUACUUUCGGUUUGGAACACCAGGUGUUCUGUAACAUUUUGUAUGUUACGUGUUAACUAGAAAAGCUCGUCCUUUCAGGCAAUGCACUAGUGCUGUGAUGGGAGGCACAUAGGAGGAAAGCAGCACUUAGAAAUACCUCUUUCAGCACCAAAAAAAUUAUUGUAAGGGCUACAUCUUCUAAGUUAUGAAUAGAAGUUUCCUUAGAGUUAUCUCUUUAUUCAAAGAAGUGUCAUGUUUUAAAAAGGCGUUAAUGUGCAUGGUAUUCUGCUUGGUAAUCAGUUUGGCUAGAAGCAGCUCGCAUGCUCAGUCAUUACAAACAGGGCUGUACUUUCUUUCUCUGCUUACUGCUUUUUAAGAAAUUACUGUCAGGCAGCCUGCUGCAGCCAGGCUGCUUGUUACUGUGUUCCGCCUUUGCCAGGGCUCAGAGCCUGUUUGCUCUUACCUUAUGACAGCCAGCUAGUUGACCAGUGCUGUGAAAAGGACAGAAUCCCACCAGUUUUGAAAGCAAUGCAGUUGUUGUGACAGCAGGUGCCUGUUCAGUGCGUCCCUGUAAGUGCCUGGGGCUGUUUAUGCUGUGCCUGGCAUAUGCUAGAUGAAAGCACUCUUUGUGUAGAAUAGUGUUUUAUUAUUUAUUCAGUGCACCUCUCUGCAAGAACAGGCUGCAGGAAGUAUUAAAAGUAGUUA